UCCCAUUGGCCUCACACGAGUUCACUCCCUUCUCCAAAUUUUAGUCAGAAACAAUGAGUCGUCUUUACGCUAAAGGUCGUGUUCUUGGAUUCAAGCGCGCUAAGCGCAACCAGCGCCCCGAUAUUUCGCUCAUCCAGAUCGAGGGUGUGAAGACUGCUGCUGAUACGGAUUUCUAUCUCGGCAAGCGUGUCGCCUUUGUCUACCGUGCCAAGCGCGAGGUCAACGGCUCCAAGAUUCGCUGCAUCUGGGGACGUGUCACUCGUGCCCACGGUGGUUCUGGUGUUGUCAAGGCCCGUUUCCGCCACAACUUGCCUGCCAAGUCCUUUGGUGCCUCCGUUCGCGUCAUGAUGUACCCUUCCAGAGUUUAAGUUUCUCGUAUCUGAAUAAACUCAUGGAGCAUAUAUCGACUCUGACCAUUAAAAAACAAAUUUACUAUAGCCAUCAAUUGACAAAUGGAACUAGAUUGAUCUGAUCUAUUGAAGGAAAAGGAAUUCUUUUAUACUAG